AUGAACUUUCACCGGCUUGCCGCUGCUGGCAAUGAUGUCCAGCCAAGAUUCUGGUGGCUGUGUGAGGAGACUGGAAUCCCAGAAUUUGUCAAAGGGGAGAGACAGAACCCUCAUAGCAUCAACGCUCCCCAUGAUGGAUGGUGCCCGGUGUGCAAGACCAAGGGCCAAACACAAGCACUCAAGACGUACCGCAUUAAUUUUACUCAAUCAAUAUUUCUUUGUACCAACCCACAGUGUAUUUAUCCAUUGGGAUAUACUCCCUUGGAUAACAUAAUUGCAAACACUGCUGACCUUAAGAAUAUCAGCCCGAAUAAACAGAAAAAGCGUGACCUUUCCAACCUGUCGCCAACUCCACUUCCAUUUCAGAAGAGACUGAAAAUUGAUCUACAAGUCGUCGGUGAUUCUCAUACUGGUCAAGCUGAUCCAUGUACAUUUGUGCCUGGUUUUCCAGCACUGGAAAAUGAAACAAGUUCUCAACCUGGUCUUAAGGAAUGCACAGAUUCUCAGAUGCAAAAUGUCUCAGGGAUGACAAACUCUUUCAGUAGUUCUGCUGUAUGGAACAGGUCUAGCUUUUCAGUUCUGCCCAUGGGAUCUCCGAGUAGAUAUGCACUUUCUGAACCUGAUGGAUCGCCAGCAAUACAGGAUGACCACCAGAAAGGUCUCGAAGUAAUGGACCCUUUGAAUAAUGGCUUUCUUCUCCCCCUCCACCCAGAGACUGAUCACAGCAUGGGUAAGGUGCAGGAAGAGUUAAAGCAAAGUUCAGAUACCGAAAUGACUAAAUCUUUAAGUGAUGAGGGUAAUUUGAAUGGCCCGGCAUUAAUGUCAGACUAUAUGCCCUCAUGUGUCUCACCACAUACACCUUUGUUGAAAAACUGUCAGGAAGAGAGUCAAGUAAAUGAAAAUUCCUCUAAGGACACCUUCCUCCCCCAGAGUAUUAUUGAUAAUGUAUCAGAUCAGGAAUGUAGGUUACACCAGUCUUGUGAUUUUGCACCUUCUGAACCUGAUGGAUCGCCAGCAGUACAGGAUGACCACCAGGAAGCAUUACAGAAUACAGGUCUCGAAGUAAUGAACACUUUAAAUAAUGACUCUCUUCUCCCCCUCUACCCAGAGACGGACCACAGCAUGGGUAAGCUGCAGGAAGAGGUGAAGCAAAGUUCAGAUACCGAAAUGACUAGAUACCGAAAAGAAUGUAGGUUACAACAGAAUUGUGAAUUUAUCAAGGAUAACGUUUGUUUGGUGGAACCUCCCAAAGAACAAAUGGAGAACACGGAUGAUUUGACAGAUGGAAAUGUAGAAGCUCCUUUGUGUAAUAACGAGGCUUCGCUUUUAAUUCCAGACGGUCAACUAGAAAUAAGUGCAAAUACAGUCACCUCAGAAUUGCAACAGGAAGAAACUGAACAGCAAAUUAAUUUGAGCUCCUUGCAGGACAUAUCUCCUCCAACAUGUCCAGAGGUUGCUGUACAAGAGAACUUAUCAGAAUCUCUUCAAUUAAUGCAGGAAUCUCGUGAUGUGACAGCGACUUCUCAAUCCUUCGAAGGCGAGCUACAAGAGUGUCUAGCAGAUUCAUCUAAACCAUUGUCUUCUCCAUCAUGUGUUGUGGCAGAGGACAGUGAAAAAGGUCAGUCUACCUUGCCACCAUGUGAGUUAAAGGAAUGUCAGCCGGAGAGUAUGUCCAAAGAUAAUUUGGAUAUUCCUUUGGAUUUACCAUCUCCUGUUCCAAAUGGGUCUGUGGUAAGUGCAGAAGGUCCAACACCCAUUCCUAAUUCAUUAUUGCUGCAAGAACUGGUGCAGAACUGUCAGAAUAUGAAUUCUGAAGAACGCAAUCCUUCAAAUUCUUUACAAGACCUUCAGCCUGAGAGCCAAGUAGAAGAGAGCCUUUUUAACAAUUGUGACAGUCCUACUAGUUCAUUGCCACCUGUAGAAGACCAGACCUUUGCUGAUGCUUCAGCAAUAUCCUUACCAGGUGACCAGAUGUCUGAGGAAUGUGACACAGGUCGUGUCUGUCAGGAAAAUGACAUGGCUUCUCUGGCUGACACACUAGUGGGUAAUCAACCUGUUCUUCAUUCAGAUGACGGUACCUUAGAGAGUGUAUGUGAACCCUAUGACAUUUCAGCUUCUAUGAGCGAUGACUGUAAUACGCAAAGAGAUGGCAAACCUAUAAACAAAACGUCAUUGCCAGGUCCGCAAGUCGUGUUACAAGACUGUUUGAAGUGUCAUUGUGGAUUGAUUAUACCAUCUCAGAACUUGCGUAAGAACGCUUGUGACGACCCUACAAUUUCAGCUUCUUCUGGUAAAGACCAGGCCUGUUCUGAUGCUGCAGCGAUAACAGUACCUCAUAGCUCUUCAACUGCUAUCGUGAAAGGUGAUGGUAAUGACAAAUCUCUGAACAAAAUGUAUCUGCCAGGUCCUCAGAUCUUGCUUCAGGACUGCUUGAAGUGUCAUUGUGGAAGGAAUAUACCAUCUCGGACAUUGCAGAAUACGCAGACGCCAAAUAAAGAUUCUGUAUCUGAAGUUGACAGUUCCUCAUGUGAGGCAAAGGUUCUUACAGACUGUGAGGAAGUGUCAGCAGCGUCAGAUAUUGAAAAGGAUAGUAAUACAGUUGCUAGCGCGCAAAAGCCGGUGUCUGCCCCACCUGUAGAGUGUGAAUCCCUGUUAUCCAAGCAGAAGAAAACGUUUUAUGAAAACACAACUUUACCUGACUUGUUACUGGACAUUCAGCCUGAACACCGCAUGGAAGAGCCUUUAUUGGAGGCCCCUAGUCCUGCAUGUGAAGCCACAGAGUCCAUGACUCCUCAUUCAGACAUGGAAAUAACCAAACAAGAUGUGUGGCAGAAUCAACAGGUCAAAGAGAGUGAUGACAUCAUGGAAACUGAAGUGACGGAAAUAUUGAAUGACAGUGUUCAAGAUGGCAGCAAAUUGUCGAAUACUUUAGAAACCUCAUUAAACAGUGACGGACUGGCUGAUGAGAGCCAUGAAGCCAUGGAAACUAAAGAGGAGGAUUCAGCUGAAGAUGUUAAAGCACCUGCAAGAAAAAAGUUAAAAGUUACAGAAAAACGUCUACAGUGGAAGAACAAGCAUUCCUUAUGCUGGUUAGAUUGCAUCUUGUCUGCUUUGGUCCAGUCAGAGACUCUCAUCCGUUUUUUUGAGGAGGGUCGUCCUCACCUUAGGAAGGAGUCAAUCAUUCACAAUCUCUUUAAAACAUAUGGAGAAGCCACAACAAUGUAUAUAAAGAGUCUCAAGAAACCGAGAGCAGGGAACAAGCGACCGAAGCAUGAGAAGUGUCUGAACGAGGUCAGAAAGAAAAUCUUUCAAAAACUGAAACCACUUCUGAAAUGCAAAUUGGGUAAGAAAGAGAGCCCGGUCUUUGCAUUUCCUUUGCUUCUUAAACUGGACCCCCAGACUGAGAAACUUUUCACCCAUUCGUUUAUGUGGCGAUUUGAGUGCCAGGCCUGUGGCUAUAGCUACCAGCAGAGGAAUCAAAAAACAAUGACAACGUUCACAAAGGUACUUCCAGAAUGGCGUCCACUGAAUGCUGUACAUAUAGGGCCGUGCAACCGGUGUCAGAAUACUGAACAAAAACGGUCCAUGGUUCUGGAAAAGUUGAGUUCAGUCUUCAUGGUCCACUUUGUAGAAGGUUUGCCAAGCAGUAAUCUGAAGGAAUAUUCAUUUCAACUUAAAGGCAAUUCGUAUGAAAUAAAGGCUGUAAUUAAGUAUAAGAAUAAGCACUUCUGUACUUGGAUAUCCAAUAACGAUGGUACCUGGCUUGAGUCUGAUGACCUUCGAGGCUCGUUCUGCAGAAGGCACCAGCAAUUUAGGGUACGAGCUGACGACAUUCAUAUUGCCAUAUGGGAGAGGACUGAUGGGCAUACUUUUGAGGAAAAUGUGGAGCUUGAUGAAGCAGAGCAAGAUUCAUUAAAUGUAUCCAUGGUCUCUGAAGGUCUGAGCUCUUCCUUAGAGGAGGAUGCUGAGCCUUCCCAAAAGAUAACUCCUGCAGUUGCCUUAAAUACAUCAGAUCCACUUGCAGGAAUGGAUGGCUUUGCUGAUGAUGAUGUCAUUACACUGACACUAGUUGAAAUACCACUUGAUGCAAAUGGCCGUCCUAUAGAAACAGUCACCGAGCUUCAGCCACCUGCUACUUGCACUUCUCUCGUGGAGGCUGAUAUCGAAGAUGCCCACAGUGUCGAACUUGAAACUAAUGUGCAGCUUGAGAGUCGAGAGGACUGUUCACUUAUGUUGCCAGUCUCCUCGGACGUCAGUGCUGAGACUGUUCCCCUCAGGAAUUGCAGUGUUAUUCUGAGUCCUUUAAAACCAGUGGGUGAAGCCAUUGCAACCAGCACGCCAAAUCAAAAGCCCCAUGACACCAAGAACAGCUCAGUUGGAAACUGGAUGACCAGAUUGCUCAAUCCCCUUGCUGCAAAUAAGAAAACUUUAACGCUCAAACCUUGUGCUCCGUUCAAGGUAACAGAUGCAGACAGCGCCCCCAAGAAAGCUCAAAACUUUAAUGGCUUUCAAGGCAGGUCUAUGAAUCAAAGUAGCGUUUUGGCAUCUAAAAUAUUUCCAUCAAAUACUGUGAGUACGCCGUCCUUCCGUGUUCCAGUAGAAAAGGUAAUGCCAGUAUCUAAACCGUCGCCAGCACCCGCAACAUCAGAUUUUCGGAUACCCAGGAGUAGUGGUUUAGAUUAUAGCAGAUUGCUGUCCAAAGAAGGGAGAUCAUCCAGUGAAGAUAAAAUCCGUAAACUGAGGCUAAAGUUACUGAAAAAAUUAAAGGCCAAGAAAAAUGAGCUGGCCAUAUUAGAAAAGUAUGCAAAAACCCAACCGAGUGGUGACCAGGCAAAUGGUGUUCCUCAAGGUGGCUUUAAUCGGAAGGAGCACCUCCGAGGGUAUAUGCAGGAGCUUCAGGAACAAAUAGACCAUACAGAUAACGACUCAGUCUGCACUAUGAGCUCCAGCACUUCUAUAUGUAGCAGUCCUGGAGAUGCUGAGUUCUUUGCAGAACUUUUCUCACCCUCUCCUCCUGUUAACCAGCCAAAUGACUGCAAGUAUCUGGACAUGUUGGCAGAUGGCUGUGGAAUCGCAGCAGCUGGCCAGUUACAGCAGGCAAAUGACGAUCAAGGCGGGGGAGGCGUCCUGCAGCCUACCUCACAACCUUCACACUACCCUACCACCAGCACAGCUAAUGCCUCGAAAGAGGAGUCCUUGCUUCUCAUGUCAAAUUCUACCUUAGCACUUGUAAAUGAGGGCGAUGAUUAUUUUGAUUUUGAUGAUUAUUUCUAGGCAUUUGUUUCAUUGACAAAUUUGACUUUUUUUUUAUAUAUAAUCUUAGCUCAACCCAAAAGUGGAUCUGAAAAAAGUGAACAGUUUGAAGGAAGGUUAGGGAUCCAUCUUGACUUUUGACCUUCUAUAGUCUAAAUUUGAUCUGUUUCCUUAUUGAGACAAAAGUUGUGAGCAAACUUGUUAAAAUUUUAAUUUUUGAAAUUGUUGCACAACUUUUUCUAAUAAUAGGGUAAUAUUAAAGUUGCAGUAACGGGUGAUAUUACCCCUGUCUCCCUCGAAACUUGCCUUUUACCACAGCUCCAAAACCAAAAGUUGCCUUUAUGGUCCAUUCACAUGUCCAUAUGUGUUUUGCGGAUCAGCAAAACACGGACACCGGAAAUGUGCGUUCCGCAUAUCGCCGGCACUCUCACAGAAAAUGCCUUUUCUUGUCUGCAAUUGCGGAC